AUGGAGAAACUCGAAGCAGACAUGUCCCCAGCGCAGUCGGAGCCAGCCGCGUAUAAUUGUAGCGAUCCCAGUACCGGCUCGGACAAUCCAGAGCAGCGGCAGAAACACGAGAGGUCUCACAAGAAGAAGUCCUUUUCUUGCUCAAAGUGUGACAAAUCCUUCUCUCGGAGAAAGAAUCGCGCUGCACGUACGGGAGCUGGUCGUGGGCCCAUGAGAGCCGGUCACGAAGCCUCUAAGUUCACGUUGCCCACGUCGAUCUCCGGUCCGUCUGUCAUGUCUGCCAUCUCGAGCACAACCCCCAUAGGGGACGGACGGAUAGAACCGGUGCUGGAGACAAUUCGCGAAAUACACUCUUCACCCACGCUGUUUGACGACUGGGGUUUUCUCCCUGGGAUCGGCCCCUCGGUUUAUUCAACCCCAUCCGAGGAUGGGCGCAUGCAGCACGAAGGCAUGUAUAUUGGCGAAAGCAUGGACCCGUUGGAAUUGAACGCUCUUCCAUAUGGGUUCAGGAACGGGCCGCAUUCGAGGCUUCCAGGUGUCUCAAGGAACAGCUUCGAAAGGCCACAUCGCCUAUCAACGAUCCAUAGUAGGUCAAACAGCGAGGCCUCCAAUCCAGAGGAUGAAUCCUGUCCUUCGAGUGCCCCUAGUGAGAGUUCCACGGCCGAGCCUGGGUCCUACGACUUACCGACCAGGGAAUCUCUCUUCGAAGCUUUUCUUACUGAAACAGUCAGAUCCUCGCCAUUCCCGCCUGUCGAAGACCUGAGCCUCGCCAUGCAGUUAUUUUUCAAUUAUUUCCACCCUAUUUUGCCUAUCGUACACCGCCCGUCAUUCAAUGCAAACCAGUGCCAUUGGGUGCUGGUUCUUGCCAUUGUUGCUAUCGGGUCCCAAUAUGUUGGGUCGACGAAGACAAGUCUUCAUCGAUUCCCUAUCGGCGAAUAUCUCCGACGAGCCCUAAUCUAUGAAAGCCGGACGUGGCUUAUCCAGUCCCUGAUCUUGAGUGAGGCCCAUUCGCUGACCUCGGGAGAGAGAUCAACUGGAUCUGGCGUCGGUUGGGUGCAUUCCCACCUUGCGGACCUGUUCUCUCCAGGGGCACCGUUGGCCUGCUUCUUUCAACCAGGCGCUAGCUGCGAGGGGAAUGGGGCUACCUGGGUAGACUGGAUCGCUAUGGAGACAGUGCGCCGCGUGGGGCUGUAUACGGAGCGAAAGAUAGAGAACCUGGGAGAAUUCAGCAGUGUGCUCGUCCUCCAUGCGGUUCUCGAGGAGACAUGGAGCGUGCAACGGUACUUCCAGCGACCUCUCUCUUCAUGGGUGCCCUCGUCACAACGACCAGCCCCUGCUGCGAUGCCACCCAGUCGGGAGACACCCUACACUGCCGACGACGAAACAAGCUCUCAACGCCGGCCCUUGCAGAUCCCACUAUUCAGCAAAUGGCGCGACGCCGCUUGUGACUGCUUCGAUACGCUCCACUGGGACGCGAAUUCGAUCUGUGCCAAGAAUGCUGGCAUCGAGCAUCCUGCCGUUCUUCACCUGCAUCUCGCACGGAUCAUUAUUCUUGUGCCAUAUGCGCAAAUCAGGGUUUUGGCCGAUUACAUCGCAGCGCAUGGCACCUGCGCCCCAUCAGUUCCCGACGCCGUCCGUGUGGCAGAACGGGAGAUCUAUGCGUGGCUGAGGCAUGACCAGUACAGGGCUCGCCUGGCCGUUGUUCAUGCUGGGGCACUGUUCUGGCAUAUCCGCCGCUAUAGCAGAGGGGCGUUCUAUGAGCCGCCGGCCUUGUUUCUCGCGUCUCUGACGCUAUGGGCCUAUGGCACGUAUGCCGCACACGUCACAGGGUAUGGCGGGCCGGCGGAUAAUGGGAACACGCUGUUUCUGGCACGAAAACCCGCUAGCAAUAACAUUGCAUUUCUAUCUCUGUUCUCGGCCCUUGGUCCGUCUUCAUUGGCCCAACCCUCGAGCUUGUAUACCACCGACGGUGCUGAACAGCAGCGACCUAGCGCCCAGGCAAUGGGAGCGGCGCUGAGCCCGGCGUGUACUCCCCAAAAUUGUACCAUUGGCCAUCAAACAGAGGCUACAGAAGAGGCAGCACGAGGUGCUCCACAGGCCUUUUCUCCAUAUCGACAGUCAGACACUACCAUCGUCCUGGACCGCCCCAUCGAUGAUGAAAUGGUGCAGUUAUGGGUGGCCGAAGGAAUUCCGCAGAGGAUAACGGCCAUUAUGUUUGGAUCCGUGGAUAUAUGUGCUCUUCCCCAUGGCCCAACCAGGGUAUUGGCCGAGGGACGUCGAUUGCUUCAAGCGCCUGUGAUGUGCAGGAAUGCUGAUGGAUACGCACUGAUCCUUGAGAAAAUGGUGGCGUUUAUGAAGUCCCAAUGA